CGCCACAUAAUCCCGUUUCUAUUUAAUUUUUUAUGGCCAAAUCGGUCGACUUCCGGCUGCGUUUGAAGGCCGUCAGCUUGAUGCAACUUUCUCACUUUCAGAACAAGUCUGUUGAAUAUUUGUCUCGACCGGGCGGAGGAGGAGGAGGAGGAGGAGGAGGAAGAGGUCAUUUCCACCGCGGGGCCACUGAAGGAAACAAGGAAUCAUUACAAGAGACCCAGUGUGCCACUUUAUCGUCAUGGCGACCAUUGUGAUGGAGAGCAUCGGGCGAGUGUUCAUCAGCCUGCAGCAGAUCCGGGGGGUCCCCCGAAUGCUGACCGAGGCCGCGCCUUCCAUGCCCGGCACCGUGAGAGACAACGAGGUCCCUUACUACUUCAGGGAGCGCUACGUCUCCACCGGCUACCGACCGCUCAACCAAAAGUGGCGCUACUACUUCCUGUCUUUAUUCCAGCGCCACAAUGAGACCAUCAACGUCUGGACUCACCUGUUGGCGUUUUUAAUUCUCCUGGUCAAAUUCCGGCAACUCGGCGAGACUGUGGACUUUGCCGGUGAUCCUCAUUCGUGGCCCCUGUUGAUCCUCCUCCUGUCCUCCUUGACCUACUCGGCGUUCAGCGCGGUGGCUCACCUGCUGGGCGGCAAGUCUGAGCUGUGGCACUACUUCUUCUUCUUCCUGGACUACGUCGGGGUCGCGCAGUACCAGUACGGCAGCGCCAUCGUUCACUUUUACUACGCUGUGGACGAGAGCCUGCACAGACACGUGCAUGGGAUCUUCAUGCCCGCCGCCGCCGUCCUCAGCUGCCUGUCGUGCCUGGGCUGCUGCUACGGUAAGUACUGCAACCACAGCCUCCCGACGUGGGUGCGUAAGGUGUGCCAGGUGGUGCCCUCGGUGAUCGCCUACACGUGGGACAGCAGUCCCGUGGUGAAAAGACUCGUGUCCUGGUCGUCAGGCGGCGGCGACGACCCGGCCAUCGUCUACCACUUUUUCCAGGUCGGCUUCUUCCUCAGCUGCUCCUUCUUCUUCACCUUCCCCCUGCUGGAGCGCUGCUUCCCCGGACGGUGCAAUUUCGUGGGACAGAGCCACCAGAUGUUCCACGUGUUUCUGUCUUGCUGCACACUGUGCCAGAUCCACGCGUCCCACCUCGACUACGUGGGCCGCAGGGAGCUGUACUCGCGUCUGCACGGGAGCGGCGAGGCCGCCGUGUUCGUGGGUCUGUACGCGGCUACUUUGGUCGUGUGCGUGCUGAUCGACGCCGUCAUGCUGAGGAAAGCCAAGCGGGUGCUCGACGUCGACGCCAAGUCCAAGUAGAAUAUUAGAUGUUGUGUUGGAGCUAUUUGCAAAAGCAUUAAUGUGCCUUUCGUUCCAGACUAACUGCUUUCAUAUGAAAUGAGCUAAUUGUACUGUUUAUGCUGCUGGCUUGAUUUACAUGAGGGGAUACACGAUGGUAGGAGUUUGUAUUUUGGUACCAAUUUGUUUUAGAAUUUGUGGAAUCAAUCACAGUGUCAUGGAUCAGCAAAGGGUGGUGCUUUUUCUCAAAAAGUGUUAUUACAUCUUACAUAUUACAUGCCAGUAUGUGGUCAUCUAUAUGACCACGGGUGACAUGCAAUUCGGAUCCGUUCAAUUAUCCGUUUUUUUAGGUUUUCAAUUUUUUAUUUUAUCCUACAAUACUGGAAUUAUAUGUGUAAUACCAUCAGAAAUGUGGAAAUAUAUAUUUUAAUAGUCACUGACAUUGAAUAACUGUUUUGUUAUUCAUGCUGUUGGCACAUUUCUCUCCAAACUAUUGGACUUAAAUUUGUUUUUCAUAAUUAAGGAAGGAACUGAAAGGAAUUAAAAAAAUAAGUGAACUUCACAAUUGAACUUCAUACACUAGUAUCAUUCUUACUCUAUAGGGGGCCUGUCAUCACAGUUGUGCCUUAGGAGACAAUUGUUUCCACAUUUAUGUAACAUAUAGCCGAAAGUUGGUUCUGUAAAGGGUUCAUACGUGCAGGUUAGAAAUCUUUGAUGAGAUGCUUUCAUUGGCAGAUUGAAACUGUCAGUACUGUCAUAGUACUUUUAGAUAUAUUGAUUCACAGACUUUAGACUGUUUUUUAAUAAAGCUGGAUAUUUUUUUUAUGAGAGAUCUAAUUUAUUAUAAAGUCUUAAAAAUAGAAACGUCUUAUUUUAGACAUGACUAUUCAUGUGUAGACGGUUUUGUAUUGCGUAUAUUUGGAUGUCAGCAAUCACUGUAUUAAUGUAAAUCUUGAUUGUGUCCUUUGAGGGAAAACUGAAAGUAGGUGUUACGUGAAUGUACUAACUACAGAUAAUGGUACCAUUAUAAUGUAUGUCUUUGUGAGAUAAUAAUGCGUACUACUGACCAAGAUGUAAACACUGAGUUUCACAAACAUCUCUUGGGGACUGAGCGGCAGAAAUAAUGUUUUUUUUUGCCACUGUGUAAAACUCUCUUGUCAAAUGACUGAGAGUUUCCAGAUGGAUGGGAAGAAGCUUAUCGGGAGAGCGUUGACCUUUGCACACUGUACGAGGAGCAAUAUAUACAUGUUAUCUUCAAUGUUAUCUUUUAAAAAUACAGCCUAAUAUGCACGCAGCCGCCGAUUAUAAUAUAGCGUUGAUUGCCAAACUUUAUUUUCAUUGACUUAACAGGCAGAAACAAAAGUGAAAUGCCACUUAUAUGGUCUGAUCCAGGGGUCCACAACAAUCUGAAGGUUCACAAAACAUAUACAUACGUUUUUUUUUCAUUUCUAUCCAGUCAAAUUCACAGACAUCCCGCCUCCUUCUGAUGCAAAAAUAAUGAUUUGCCAAACAGCUGUACACUCAAUCAGGAGAGAAAAGUAAAUUCGGAGACGGUUGACGGUUUGUUCUUAUAAACAGAUGAUAAAGUCUUGACCAAGUCUGUACAGGGAGUAUCGUAGUCGAAGGGCGUCUGGCCCGAGCAGCAGCAAGAUAAAGUAUUUAGUGUUUGCCAAGUAGCUACUGACUUCUUUUUUGGUUUCCAUGUAACUCAAGCUGAGCGCUAACAAAACUAGCUAGCUUCUAUCAAGCAAUUCAACAUCCACUGAUGCUAAUAAUGUACUAAUGUUGUUCGGGAAGCGUUUAGUGAAGCUUUGAACUGUGUCGAAAUAAUUACUUAUUGCUACAUAGCAAUAUUUAGCGAGUUGGCUAUGCAGAAAUUCACAAUAUUCAAACGUGUGUGUGCUUGAACUGCCGCCAUUUUUGUCCACAUGUCCUCAGCCUACAAAACAUAACUGUUGAACGUGUGAUAGCAUAUGAAUAAAUCUGAUUGUGGUUUAC